AGUGCAGGCGAAUAACAUUCUGGAUGCGACAGUCAGGAAUAAUAGGCUUAUUGAAAAAAUAAUUUCGGAGAAUCUCUUGAAAGGAAGACGUCCUGAUACCCUUGUUCACUCGAACAGCAAUCUUUGAAGCUUCACUGGAUACCUGUGUCUUCGUCACCAGGCUUCUCGAGGGGGUGAUUCGGAAGGCCAGUGAGCAAAACAAACGGAAUUUUUUUGUCCGUUUAGGAUUUAUGUGGGGAUUUAUGCUGACACACAAUGCUUCGACUAAAGAAAAUGCAAGGCAAAGAGUAUAACAUCGCUCUUCAGCCUGAAUCAAUUGAGCUAAGAAAACCCAUCACUAGAAUCGGCCGAACCCCGGCCCUCGCUGAUGUUGUUAUGGACAGCCUCGUAUCCCCCCUGAUGAUAAGUCGCUUCCACGCACAAAUAUCCCAUGACAACGACUCCUAUACUUUAGAGUGCAACGGGAUGAAUGGUAUUUUAGUGAAUUCAGUGAAAAGGAAAAAGUGUGUUUUACGUAAUGGUGAUGUAGUUGUGUUUGGAGGCGCCGGCGUCCAGACUCCCGAAGGGAGAGUUGUCUCUACUCCGGAAUCGGAACUUGUCUAUGUUUUCGAGUGUGAUGAGAAGGACGAUAAAAAUAAUGUAAGUGUGAAGGACGUGUGUACACCUAAGGACGUGUGCACACCUCGAAGAAAACGACCAUCCGUCAUCAAAAGUGAAAACAAAUGGCAAAAAAGUUCUUCUAAGUUGAGUGACAAUUUCAUUAGCCAAUCAUUGGUUUCCAGUCAUUUGAUUGACAGCCAAAAUUCCCCAGGGGAGGGAACCAGCGAUGGUAGAGUACGAGUGUCUAAGCGUAGACGAAGAAUAAAGGUUUUGGAUUCUGAUGAUGAGAGUCCAAGCCAGCCUGAAAGAAAACAUUGUCGAAGAUCUAGUGUCUCAUCUAAACUUAUCAGGGGAUCCAGUAGCUCGAUAUCUAACUUGAAUAUUGAUGCAAGAAAAAGGCUAAACAAGGAUGAUGGAAAUGAAACCAAGGCAUGGCUUGAAGAUCUCAAUGAAGAGCUGCUGUGCUGCAUCUGCCGUGAGCUGAUGAUAAGUGCACAUGCAUUGCCGUGUUCUCACACAUUCUGCCAUUCAUGCAUCACAGGCUGGCUAAAGCAGGCAACUGACUGUCCAAGCUGCAGAGCAAACUCAACACAUAAGCUACUGGUCCCAGUUAAGGUACUAGAUAACACCAUUGAAAAGGUUGCAAAAAAGGUAUUACCUUUAGAUGAGCUCGAGCAAAGAGAAAAAGCAAUACAGGAGCUUCUGGAUAGAAAAAGUGGAAAAAUAGGUGAAUGGAAUAUAGAAAUACAUGCUGAAUAUGGCCCAACUGGCAGGAAUAGACUGAUUUGUGACAAAUGCUAUUCACCUGUUCCUAACAGAUAUCUUCAUUGGAGAGUUUCCUCUCCAUAUUCAGGUGCUACAGAUCAUUAUCAUUUCUCCUGUUUCCAGCCUCACACACAGGUGACAGUUGAUCAGAUCAAAAUUGCCUCUAAAGUUUCAGCAAAGGACAGAAAAAGAGUAGAGAAAAAAAUCAAAUCUUGAAUGCCAACUACGGUAUUUUUAACUACACUAUUGUAAAUUUGAAUGCAGAUACUUGUAGAUAUAUUUAAAAAUGCACAUUUUGAUCCAUA